AUGCUCUCACCAAGUAUUGUACGUCGCUCUACAUCACGAGUAACUCUUCCAGCAUCUCUACAACGUUUAUUUCAAUGGUAUCCUCGCAAAGGUGGAGAAUUUCUUGGUGAUCUUCUUGCUGGACACAAUCUCUUUAUUGCCGACAUUCCACGUAAGUUUGAUGCCCAACACGCCCGUCACUUCUCUCUUGUGGAGUCUCUCUGCAUAACACCCCUCUUUACACUCUCCAUCGUACAUUACUUCUCUGGCUUCUUCCUCUAUCCAGCACAGCGGAAGGUAAUCCCAGUGUUGAUGACAGAGUUAACCCGCAAAACAGAAGCUAUUCAUCAAUGGACAGAUGUGAUGUCGAAGAAAUCACCGGGAGAUGCCAUUGCCUGGCGUGCGGGAUUAGUAUUAUCGCAGGUGAUGUUGUUUCCAGCUUGGCUGCUGUUUUCCUCCUUCGCACCGCAGUUAAUGCAUGCCACCUUAGAGCGUACCAAUCAUAUUUUAUAUCAAAAGUAUGCGUGUAUUACUAAAGAUGCCCCACCGUUUGUGGAGAAGUGUAUGAAUGAGGCACGUGAGGCCGAAGGGUUUCACAGUCAACAGUUAAAUAUUCCAACAGACUACUGUGCAGCUGUUCUUAUUAUCUUGUUGGUCCUUUACUUGACAUCCUAG